AUGGUACAAAAUGUCAACAGAACUGUAGUAAUGGUUGUUUAAACAAUCAAUGUUCUAAAUCUAAUGGUAGAUGUAAUGAAUGUAAACCUGAUACCGUUGGCCCAUACUGCAACCUAACAUGUGGUGCAGAAUGUCAACCAAUGCCAGACCAGAAUACGACCACUUGUGAUAGAACUGGUAGAUGUAAUAAUUGUCAUAUAGGAAGAUAUGGUGAUGGAUGUGAUAUGAACUGUAGUACAGGAUGUGAUGCUGGGUGUAAUAGGCGUACUGGUAGAUGUACUAAUAAUUGUAUUAUGGGACGGUAUGGUAAUGGGUGUGAUAACAACUGUAGCAUAGGAUGUGAUGCUGGGUGUAAUAGGCGUACUGGUAGAUGUACUAAUUGUAUUAUGGGACGAUAUGGUAAUGGAUGUGAUAUGAACUGUAGUAUAGGAUGUGAUGCUGGAUGUGAUAGGGGUACUGGUAGAUGUACUAAUUGUAUUUUGGGACGGUAUGGUAAUGGGUGUGGUAACAACUGUAGUACAGGAUGUGAUGGUGGAUGUGAUAGGGAUACUGGUAGAUGUACUAAUUGUAUUAUGGGACGAUAUGGUAAUGGAUGUGAUAUGAACUGUAGUAAAGGAUGUGAUAGUGUAUGUGAUAGGGGUACAGGUAGAUGUACUAAUUGUAUUAUGGGACAAUUUGGUGAUGGGUGUGAUCUGAACUGUAGUGCAGGAUGUGACGGCGGAUGUGAUAGGAGUACUGGUAGAUGUACUAACUGUCGUAUAGGAAGAUAUGGUUAUAGAUGUGAAAUGAACUGUAGUACAGGAUGUGAUGGUGGAUGUGAUAGAAAUGAUGGUAAAUGUACGUCGUGUAUUGAGGGCACAACUGGAGACAGAUGUGAUAUCAACUGUAAUAAUAAUUGUACUAUUUGCAAUCAGAAUAAUGCCAACUCUUGUACUGAAUGUAUAGAUGGAAGAUGGGGACCAUCAUGUAAUAAACUAUGUAAUACUAACUGUAAACAAGUAGAAGGUACAACUGUUGGUAAAUGUGAUCAGAUGACAGGAAAUUGUAUAAAUGGAUGUGUACCUGGUAAAAUAGGAUCAAACUGUACAACAGAUUGUGAAGCAGGUCGUUACGGUGACAACUGUGACAGUAAAUGUGGUAACUGUGCUAAUAAAAGACCAUGUGAUAUAAUUACUGGUGGUUGUGGACUCGUUGGUUGUGAAGAUGGCUUUCAAGGUCUAGUCUGUAAGGGUAAGUUACAUUUACACAAUUUUAAAGAAAACAUUAUUUGUAUACUGUACAGUUUUUACCUACGAUUGAUAAUCUCGGUAUAUGAUUACAACACGGCCAGCUGA